UAGAACGUAAUCCUGUAUUCAAAUGUAGACUGAUUCAAUUUUCAAUUAAGCGAAAAAGCUUGUUUUGGGUCAACUUUGAGUACAUGGAAGACAACUAUUGCAUUGCAAGAUCAUGGGCAUUCUUUAACUUUGACGGCCGCUUUUGGGUUCUCUUUCAAAGCGCCUUACGUGAUGGAAAUAAAGAGCCCAAAUCCAGCCAAUGAACAAGCAACAAAUCGGCAGACUUUCAAAGCACGACUAUGACGAGGCCGAGGUCCUUUGCUACCUUUGCUCGAGACGUUUGUGCUUUUCUCCGGCCGACUGGGGGAUUGUGAUCAUUCUUGGUUAGUUGGCGUGCUCGCUCGCAUCUCUUCACACUUGCAGCUCCCCGACAGACAGACAGCAGCUGACUUCCGAUCCGAUCCGUCUUUGAGAACGACAAUGAAGCUGGACCUCAAGCUCCUGUGCUUGGCCCUCGUCCUUUGCCACCAAAGUGUACAAGCGGGAACAUGUACGGGCAGUCCCUCAGCCGCGACGUGCAAUGGCAAGCCGGGAGGAGAACUCGAGUUGAAAGCCACUGGCGCUACCGGGGAUGUCACCUGGAUGAAAGGGCCUUCUGGUCCGACUACCAACACUGCAAAGUACACGAAAAGUGAAACUUUCGAGGCAACCUUGAAGAUCCUAACACUGGUAGACGGCGAUGAGGAAACGUACAAGGCCACGGCCGAUGGCAUCCCAGGGGGCUCGCAAGACUUCAUCGUCAAUGUGGCAGACUGCUUUGGCAGCGGAACAGAGGCGACGUGCAACGGCCCUGCGGGAAAACCGCUCAAGCUGAAAGCCACUGGCGCUAGCGGCACAGUCACCUGGGUGAAGAUAGAUACUCCCAGUGACAAGCCUAUUGAGGACAACACUGACGGGUACGAGAAAAGUGGAACUCACGACGUGUGCCUGAAGAUCAACGACCUGAGCCCAGAAUUUGUGGGAACAUACAAGGCGUCGGGCGGCGGCAUGGCAAAAGACCAAAAGUUCAAAGUCGCAGUGACCACCACCAACGGCGGCGACAGCGGCGGCAGCAGCGGUGGCGCCGACACCAAGGAGAACACCAGCGGCGGCGGCGGCGGCGGCGGCAGCAGCGGUGGCGCCGACACCAACGCGGGCGCCGGCGGCGGCGGCAGCAGCGACAACAAGAACGCCAAAAACACCACCACCACCACCACAUCCCUGAAUGCUGCCAAGGGCCUGUCCUACUCACCUGCUCUGCUGGUGACCACCUUGGUCCAUCUGCUUCAGCUGGCCUACUAGAAGACAGCGAGCAGGCGCGGCGAGCGGGUUAGCCCACAAUAAGCAUCGUCGGCCUCAUGCCAGCCACAUCAGUACACCACGUACACAUUUGGAUUUUCCUUUGUGAAUUGCUUUUCUUUUGAUUGAACUCAAUUGGCGGCUGUCAUUGGGUGUGCUUCUUUUUGCUCUUGGGUCGAAUAAAGAAUCAAAG